AUGCAGAAGAUUGACACUCAUUGUCAUAUCAUUCCACCAGGUUGGAGAAAAUGGUGUGAAGAGUUUGGUUGGGAUAAACCCGAUGGCAUGUCCUGCAUCCCAGAAUGGUCACCAGAAGGCCAUAUCCAGCUUAUGGAUAGACUCGGCAUCAAAAAAUCUAUAUUGAGUAUUACAUCGCCUGGAACUCAUCUCAAAGUAAACGACUUCGAGCUCGCUAAGCGAAUCACCCGGGAGACCAACGAUGAGAUCGCCCAGAUCUGUCGCAAAUAUCAAGACCGGUUCGGCUGGUUUGCCUCACUCCCUCUCCCUGAUGUGGAAGGAUCUCUCGAUGAAAUUGAUCAUGCGCUGAAACUGGGUGCAUCGGGAUUUGCCCUGAUGACCAACGCUCAAGGCUACUACAUGGGCGAUAGACGAUUCGACCAAGUCUUCAAAAAGUUAAAUGAUCACAAGACGAUCAUUUUCAUGCACCCGACUCAAUGCUGUUCUCUUGAUAAUCCAGAUGCCGAUAAGCCUUUGGCUCAGUACCCGACGCCUAUGAUGGAGUACUUCUUUGACACAACUCGAGCUGUGGUCAAUCUACUUCUUUCUGGGACGGUGACACGCUUCGAGAACUUAACCUUUUUGGUUUCUCACUGCGGUGCUACAUUGCCUCCCAUAGUAGAGAGAUUUACUGCGUUCUCCACUAGAAUGCUUCAAGGAUGUGAGAAGUUGACGGGUGACCGGGUGAAAGAAUUAUUCCGAACUCGAUUUUUCUUUGACUUGGCUGGCAUGCCAUUCCCAGAUCUCAUUCAUGGCUACUUGAGAGUGGGACAGGCAGAUCGCUUACUUUACGGUAGUGAUUAUCCCUAUACCCCUGGGCCAGUGGUUGAGGGUUUGAGCCACAUUAUGGAUACUCAGCUGAAGGAGAUGUUUGAGGAGGCACAGAUUCAGAAGAUAUUUUCUGAAAAUGCAGAGUCACUUGGCCUCUGA